GUGACUUUGAGCUGCGAGCACAUCAGGUUUCUCUUCCUUCUCCCAAAGAGCAAGCUCUCGGCUGGCCCAGUCGUCGUCUUUGUAUAAAUAAGAAGAGAAAUUGGUGGCAUAAGAUAUCAGAUGAUAGUAGAAUGGGAGAGAUUGAAGAGGAAAUCGAUAGUCCCAUUAAUGGAAAAGAGGAGAAUUUGGUGGAGAUCACUCUCAAAACCAUAGGCCCUGCUCGCCCCUCUAGCCUCCGCGUUCCCUCACCCAUCAAAGUUCUGGAUUUAAGAAGGCUGAUUUCUGGGAAGAAUCAUUUACCAGUCGAUAAUUUGAAGCUUAUCUUGCAAGGGAAGGUAUUGCAUGAUAAUGAGGAUGGUGAUGAUGUGUACGUUAGGCUCAAUGAUGGUGAUUCACUGAUUGUUGCUGUCAAACCAAAACCACCACCAGCUGGAUUUGAUGUUGACGAUGAUGAUGAAGAUCUGAGGUUUCAGCUGCCACAGUCUACAAGUCGGUGGAAAAAGAAGCUUUACUCAGUUUUACGUAAUAAAUUGAAGCUGCCAGACAUCCUUUUGAUGGCAAUAUUCUCUUUCAGUCUGAAGAUGUGGGCUCUUAUUGUUUUAUGGUUUAUGUUGGCACCUAUUGCCCACAAAUGGGAUCUCGGACCAUUAUAUAUCCUUGGUACUGGAUUUUGCAUCAUUUUCUUGAAUCUUGGAAAGCGGCAGCCUGGUGAUGACAGUGCAUAUUCCAUCUUCAACGAAGGUUUCAGAGAGCUUCCUGGGACCCUAAACGCAGAUCGUUUAGAUAGAGAUAUACGAGCAGGCCAGUUUUGAGCCAAUGGUACACCAUUUCAUGAUUAUCAAAACGAUCAUGUUGUAAAGAUUUGUAUCUAGAGCUCACUCAGAAUUUUCUCUACAACCAAGCACCAAUUUUGCUGAUACCCCAAGCUCUCUUUCUUUCUAAAACUACUAUCUGCAUAGCUGCAAUGAUUGUUGAAUGAAAUUUCUGGGUUUGCAGACUUCUUCAUUGAAAUGAAUCUCUAGGAAGUUUGCAAUUUGGUAUGGACCAGUCUUGUCAAGAGUCAGUUUUUACCGAACUGACAAUUACAUGUAUUCGAUAGACUAGUACCCCUCCCCCCUCCAUGGAGUUGAAAUACAAAAGUAUCAUUUCC